UGCAUAUGUAUAAUUUUAUCUCAAUAAUCGCACUAGAUCAAAGGAAUUGUAAAUAUUCUGAAUCCUUGCAGUUGUUUCAAGGAUGACAUUGUUUGACUGUUCUCAGAUCCAAGAAACUUUCUUCAUAAGGUGGUAGCUUUUUAUUGUUUGACGUAUCGAUAAGAAAAACAAAGUAAUAUUCUUGUCAAAAACAUCUGUACAGUUUUGCACAGAAUCCAAUAAGUGCGGUUGUUGGUCUGUGGGUAAGGAUUCCCGUACAUUUUUGCGGAAAUUUGCAUUUAAUAUUCAGCUACAAAGUGUUAUAAAUAUACAAAUUUCCGAUACAAAAUAGUGACGUCUAGCACAAAAUUACACGCAGAAAGCUAGUACGUGUGCCGCAAAGUAUUUUGAUUACCUCCACUUCUUAUAAAUAAGUACACAACAAAUAUCAGUAAAAAUGUCUCAACAAGCAUUGCCACAACCGCAACAACAGCAAUUUGCCCUGCUGCCAAAAAUCAUUAAUGGCGGCAUCGCCGGUAUUAUCGGUGUCUCCUGUGUCUUUCCUUUGGAUUUGGUCAAAACUCGCUUACAGAAUCAACAAGUGGGUCCAAAUGGCGAGAAGAUGUAUAAAAACAUGUUCGACUGCUUCCGCAAGACAUACCGUGCUGAGGGUUACUUCGGCAUGUAUCGUGGUUCGGGUGUCAACAUUCUACUUAUUACGCCCGAGAAGGCUAUCAAACUGACUGCCAACGAUUACUUCCGUCACAAGUUGACUACCAAGGACGGACAUCUGCCGAUGAGCAGUCAAAUGUUGGCUGGCGGUUUAGCUGGUGCAUUCCAAAUCAUCGUUACGACUCCUAUGGAGUUAUUGAAAAUUCAAAUGCAGGACGCUGGCCGUAUUGCAGCACAAGCUAAAUUAACGGGUAAAACGGUGGAGAAAGUUUCAGCUACCAAAUUAGCUUCACAGCUGCUCAAAGAGAAGGGCAUAUUCGGUCUAUAUAAGGGUAUCGGUGCGACUGGUGCGCGUGAUGUAACCUUCUCAAUAGUUUACUUCCCGCUGUUUGCUACAUUGAAUGCGCUUGGACCGCGUAGAAAUGACGGUUCUGGCGAGGCAGUAUUUUGGUGUUCCUUCCUAUCCGGUUUGACAGCUGGUUCUUUUGCUGCGCUCUUUGUGAAUCCAUUAGAUGUGGUGAAGACACGUCUGCAGGCGAUUAAGAAAGCGGAUGGCGAGAAGGAGUUUAAGGGUAUUGUGGAUUGUAUUAGCAAAACAUUCAAGUACGAAGGCCCAACAGCAUUCUUCAAGGGUGGUCUAUGCCGUAUGAUAGUGAUUGCACCACUAUUUGGUAUUGCACAAAUGGUGUAUUUCCUUGGUGUAGCCGAGGCGAUGUUGGGCAUGCAAACGAAGAACUAAACGCACACAGAGAAAAAAUAAUGUUUACUUUAGUUACUAUAGAAUGAUUAAAUGAAGUCAAAAGAUCAAUAGAAAUUUAGCACUUAAAAAGGAGGUUUAGGUGAUGAUAGCAGAUUAAAGAAAACACUACCAAACUGUAAUCUAUACAUUCAGAAUUGUAUGUAAUAUAUAAAUAAGUAUAUGUCAUGCAUUUAUUGUGUACUGUCCAUCAAUUUUAAAGACAUAAUUGUGAGCGUAAUAUGUACAUAAAUUACGAUUGUUUUUGGAAAAAUGUGUUAAUAUGUAUGCAUAUGAAUGUCAUAAAAUAUGCUUAAUUUAGCAUUAAUAAUACAGUGAAAAUAAAGCAGUCAAUUCAAAUAUGUAAUCUAAAACCAGAAUAUACAUAUGCUUAAAUUAAUUUCCAGCUAAAAAGGACAGUCGACAUGUGCGUAGUCAACACUUUAAUUGAUUUACAUAUAUUAUAUGUAUGCAUAUACAUAAAUAAAACUUAAAACAUAACAAAAAAGGAAUUUCGCUCAUAAAAUGUGAAUUAUAAAUUUACAUUUUUAUGCAAAUAUGUGCACACGCUUUUUAUUACAAGCAACAAAAAAAAGCCCAUUUGUGUUGAGUUCCAAAGAAUCUUCCCAUAACAAUUAAAAAUAUGACAAUAAACUGCAGCAGCUGUAGGUGCAUAGCAAAAGAAAAAAAAAAAACAAAAACAACAAAACAGCCAAUUAUCAAAUUCAAUAAAA